AUGUCACAAAAGAUUGGACACACGGGAUUAGCGUUUGCCAGGAUAUGGCAUCAUGUGGAUGUCGCACAUGACAAGAGAACUUUGGGGAGAUUGGCUUCCUCCAUUGCGAUAGUGCUAAUGGGGAAAAAUAAACCAGUGUAUCAUCCAUCUCAAGAUUGUGGAGAUUACGUAGUAGUUACUAAUUGCCAGAAGUUACGUGUCACAGGGAAGAAGUUUGAGCAGAAAACUUAUUGGUCUCAUACCGGGAGACCUGGUAGUUUGAAUUUACAAACCAUGGAAACUGUUGUCCAGAAUAAAGGUUAUGGUGAAAUAUUAAGGAAAGCAGUAAGUGGUAUGCUUCCCAAGAAUAAAUUAAGGAAACCGAGACUAGAAAGGUUAAAAGUGUUUGAUGGAAGUGAACAUCCGUAUAAGAAUAAUAUACUAGCAUUUGCUUAUCAACAGCCCCAAAAUGUGGUGGACCCAAUACCUUCUAAUAGUGCAAAAUCUGACCAAUAA